UAAAUCUUAUAAUGGUCAGAAAUAGUUUUCUAAAAGUUAGUGACUGCGUGCCGCUUUUCGCAAUCCACACCGUAAUUGUUUUCAACUACGGUUGCUUUAUAUUGAAUUUUGACAAGAUAAAAGAAUUACUUCAACAAGUUCAUCAACAAUCUACAUCUGAUGAUUUAUCAGCAGAAGAAAUUGUUCUACUGAAGAGAGAAACUUAUAAAGCAAACCAACUUGUUAAAAUGCAUACUGGUUUUCUCUACUGCUCUGCAAUAUUAUUUAUAUUCAUUAUUCCAGCAAUGCCGAAAAUAUUAGACAUGAUUCAUCCAUUAAAUGAGUCGAGAUCGAGACUCGUUGUAUAUUAUACUGAAUAUUUUAUUCGUGAUGAAAAGUACUUGACCUAUCUUCAUAUUUAUGAGUAUGUAAUAAGUCCAAUCCCGACGAUUAUCGCUUGUGGUUAUAAUGCGUUGUGUGUAAGCAGUUGUCAACACGCAUGUAAUAUGUUGUAUAUCGUUGGGCAUCGAUUCAAUAAUAUCGUUGCUACCAUUGAAGAAUCUAAUAAUAAGAACGGUAGAACUGGUUCUCAAAUUUCGACCAAGUAUAUCACUGAUCAUAAAGCAGUUUUGAGAUACAUCGAAUUAUACCACGAUGUCUUUGCAAAUACUUCUUUAGUAGUACUUGUUCUUACCGUAAUUAUACUCUGCCUAACAGCUAUACAAUGUCUUAUAAGAAUGGACGAGAAAGCAGAACUAUUUCGUUUCGUAUUAGCUUCAGCUGCCGUAUCAUUCCAUACUUUUCUUCUUUCGGCCUGCGGACAAAAAUUUAUAGAUUACUCCGAAUCUCUGUAUAUGAUGACAUGUCAAAGUCAAUGGUAUAGACUACCAGUGAAAUUACAAAAAAUAAUGGUCAUAGUUAUGCUUGAAUUUGCUCAACCAAUCCACCUGAAAGUCGGAAAAAUUUUCACAGUUUCAUUCGAGAAUUUUCUAGGAAUUUUGCGAACGACUGUGUCAUAUUUUACAGUUGCGCAUGCCGUUUUUCUGUGACUUUGAAUCUGAAUAAAAUUAUUAUUUGUGUUAUUUAUUGUGUCAUUGCCAUGGAGUUAAAGCUCCCGUACGGCCAUUUAAUGAUUACAAAUUAAACGUAUAGAAAAUGUUUAGUUAUAACCUAAAGAAAAAUACAUUUACAUAAAACUGCAAAUAGUUUAACAUUAGUUUAAUCUACUCAAUCAUUUCUCAUAACAUUAUCAGAUGAUUUCAUAUUGUCAUCUCAUUUAUUACAAACGAUUGGUCACUGUACUUACUUCAUUAUCCAACAUUUAAGAAAUUCAUGAAAAUUUGGGAAAUGAGAGGUUUUUGGUGCAGCAAUAGAACUUUAAAGAUUAGCUUCGACAGAAAAAACUCAGGUCGAGCUUUUGAAGUGAGCGACCGUAAAUCUUUAUAGUACACGAGAAAAAAAU